GCUAGCGGCGCCAUGCGCGGCCCCGCGGCCUGGCCGCUUCUGCUGCUCGUGCGGCGGAGCCCGGCGGGGCCGGGGCGGCUCCUGCCGGCUGCCGGCAUGUGGACCGCGGCCACCCGUGCCCCAGGGUCUCUGCCGCCGCUGCCGGGCCUGAGCCCGGCGCGGCCCUGGGGCGCAGGGCCGGGGCUUGUCGCGGGCGCCGGGGCCGCGCGCCGCUGCAGGAGCGGCCGCCCGGGUUGGGGUCUCAGGGGCCCGGGCGGCAGCGCGGCAGCCGUGCGCCUUCUGGGGCUGUGGGCUCGGCCCCUCGGCGCCUGCAGGUGCGGAGCGCUUAUCCGGCCGGGUGCUCCCCGGCUCCUGCGCACUGGGCUCCCCGGCGGCCCCGCGGCCGCUGCCCGGGCGGGAGGCGAGGCCUGGCGGCGCGGAUCGGCGGCGACGGCAGAAGAGGACUCGCGGCUGCGCCCCGCGGCGGCGGCCGGGCGCUCGGAGGCCCGGAAGCUCCUGGAGCUGGCGUAUCCCGAGCGCCGGAGACUGGCAGCUGCCGUGGGGUUUCUGGCCGUGUCCAGUGUCAUCACCAUGUCCGCCCCUUUCUUCCUGGGGAAGAUCAUUGACAUCAUCUAUACCAAUCCCACAGUGGACUACAGUGACAAGCUGACUCGCCUCUGCCUUGGCCUCACCUGUGUGUUUCUGUGUGGUGCUGCUGCCAAUGCCGUCCGUGUCUACCUCAUGCAAACCUCAGGUCAGCGCAUUGUGAAUAGGCUGAGAACUUCGUUGUUCUCCUCCAUCCUGAGGCAGGAGGUCGCUUUCUUCGACAAGACUCGCACAGGAGAACUGAUUAACCGCCUGUCCUCAGACACCGCGCUCCUGGGACACUCGGUGACUGAAAACCUUUCCGACGGGCUCAGGGCUGGAGCCCAGGCUUCUGUCGGCAUCGGCAUGAUGUUUUUUGUCUCGCCUAGCCUGGCCACCUUUGUUUUGAGUGUGGUGCCUCCAAUCUCUAUUCUUGCAGUGAUUUAUGGACGAUAUCUACGGAGACUGACCAAAGCCAGGCAGGACUCCCUGGCACAAGCCACUCAGCUAGCUGAGGAACGUAUUGGAAAUAUAAGAACUGUCCGAGCUUUUGGGAAGGAGAUGACUGAGAUGGAGAAAUACACCAGCAAAGUCGACCAUGUGAUGCAGCUGUCAAGGAAAGAGGCUUUUGCUCGGGCCGGCUUCUUCGGCGCAACCGGGCUCUCUGGGAACCUGAUUGUGCUUUCCGUCCUGUACAAAGGGGGGCUGCUGAUGGGCAGUGCCCACAUGACAGUCGGUGAACUCUCUUCCUUCCUAAUGUACGCUUUCUGGGUUGGACUAAGCAUUGGAGGUCUGAGCUCUUUCUACUCGGAGCUGAUGAAAGGACUGGGCGCAGGGGGGCGCCUCUGGGAGCUCAUGGAGAGAGAGCCCAAGCUGCCUUUUAAUGAGGGCGUCGUUUUAAAAGAGAAAAGCUUCCAGGGUGCUUUGGAGUUUAAGAAUGUGCAUUUUGCCUACCCGGCUCGCCCAGAGGUGCCCAUAUUUCAGGAUUUCAGCCUGUCCAUCCCAGCAGGAUCUGUCACAGCCCUGGUUGGCUCAAGUGGCUCUGGCAAAUCCACAGUGGUUUCCCUCCUACUGAGGCUGUAUGACCCCAUUUCUGGAGCUAUCAGUCUCGAUGGCCAUGACAUCCGUCAGCUAAAUCCAGGCUGGCUGAGGUCCAAGAUUGGGACAGUGAGUCAGGAGCCAAUUUUGUUUUCUUGCUCCAUCGCCGAGAACAUUGCUUAUGGUGCUGACAGCCCAUCCUCAGUGACUGCUGCGCAGGUGGAGAGAGUGGCUGCACUGGCCAACGCAGCCUCGUUCAUUCAGAAUUUCCCCCAGGGGUUCGACACUGUGGUCGGAGAAAAGGGUGUUCUCCUUUCAGGUGGGCAGAAACAGCGGAUUGCAAUUGCCCGUGCUCUGCUUAAGAACCCCAAAAUCCUUCUCCUAGAUGAAGCAACCAGUGCCCUGGAUGCGGAAAAUGAGCACCUUGUCCAAGAAGCUCUAGACCGGCUGAUGGAAGGGAGAACAGUGCUAAUCAUUGCCCACCGGCUGUCCACCAUUAAGAAUGCUAACAUGGUUGCUGUUCUCGACCAAGGGAAAAUUUCCGAAUAUGGGACACAUGAAGAACUACUUUCAAAGCCAGAUGGGAUAUUCAGAAAACUAAUGGACAAGCAAAGUUUUAUUUCUGCAUAAAGAAGCAAUCACUGGUCAACUGAAUGCGAGAGACUUAACACAAAAGAGUGUUGCAGAAAGAAAAUACUUACAGACUACAUGAAAUCUGUGAAUUAUACUUCAAGUUAUUUGAGAUAUGCCUAUUUUUUCCAAAGUGUGUAAAAUAUGUUUCCAGAUGUACCUGUUCUCGAGGCCUUUUUUAUUCAGAGUUUUAAUAAUUAUACCUUUCAAAAUGUCUAUAGCACUGAAGGUAUUUUUGGGUUUUAUACUUUGUUUCAUCUUGGAAAGUUAUAAUUAAUGUGGCAUGGCACCCCAUUUUCUUUUGCCUGCUGUCAUAUACUAUAGCUAUUGUCAAAUGACAACUUUUAAAGGGAAUUAUAAAUAAAAGGCCUACUUAUUUUAGGCCAGUUUACUAUUCAUUGUGACCCAUCCACUUUGGGUCAGUAGGUAGGUGGUGAAAAUGAAGAGCUAAUGCUUUAUUUUACCCUGAUAAUCUCAUUAAAUGGACCUGCCUUACACAUAGCCACAGUGACAGGGAGAAGAGAGAACACUGGUAUUACCUGCACUCCGAGUCCUCAGAGGUGUGAGGGUGGAGGAAUAUGUGUUCCCAUGGGAUGUGCCAGUAUUGGAAAGAGGGAGUUUUCAACAUUUUGAGACAUGAAAUCCUGAUGAGUUUUAUAAAGGGAAGAAUGUUUACUACCCUGAACAGGAAAAUUUCUAUUUUCUUUUUUUUUUUUUUUUUUUGACAGGCAGAGUGGACAGUGAGAGAGAGAGAGAGACAGUGAGAAAGGUCUUCCUUUGCCGUUGGUUCACCCUCCAAUGGCCGCCGCGGCCGGCGCGCUGCGGCCGGCGCACCGCGCUGAUCCGAUGGCAGGAGCCAGGGGCCAGGUGCUUUUCCUGGUCUCCCAUGGGGUGCAGGGCCCAAGCACCUGGGCCAUCCUCCACUGCACUCCCGGGCCACAGCAGAGGGCUGGCCUGGAAGAGGGGCAACCGGGACAGAAUCCGGUGCCCCAACCGGGACUAGAAUCCGGUGUGCCGGCGCCGCUAGGCGGAGGAUUAGCCUAGUGAGCCGCGGCGCCGGCCGAAAAUUUCUAUUUUCUUUAUUCACAUAUUUCUUUCUAUGAAUGCUUUUGGGAAAUAAGGCAGGAACUGCCUUGUAUUAUCAAGAAAGAUAGCCAAAAUGAAUUUGACAAAGUUUCUAUCUGAAUGAUGUAAUAGUCAGACACAAAUAUCUGAAGAAAUCUUGGAAUUCCUUGUUAUUCUGCAGAAUAACAAGAAAGCUUCAGAAUGUAUCACUGUCCUGAAAAGAAGACAUUAAUAAUCCCUUUUCUUUUACUUAUGCUUAGAGUUUUAGUCACUGAAAUGUCUAGAGGCUCCUAAAGCCAUGUGACCAACCCCUGAAUUUGCCAUACUUCGUAUGACUCCUGUUAAUCUGCUGCUGCCUCAAGAAAGCACCCAAACCUUGAAGUGAUUAUGCUGGGUAAUUAAAGUGGGAGUUUCUCCAUAUGUGAAGUGCUCACUAGUCCUGAUUAAACUGGAAUAAACCUGCUACUUCAUGCAA